AUGGCGGCGAUAGGUCAAAUCUCAACGGGAAUGACGGUGGAUCGCACUCUCUCCUCCUUCUCCAGGAUCAUUGGAGUUGGCUUAUCACAAUCACCACAGAGAACAACGUUAAUCGGCGUCAGGGGGAUGUCUGGUAUCGCUCACCGUCAACUGUCUCUCUCCGUCAGGUCGAUUAACACCAAUGAAGAUAGCCGGAAACUCAAGGUCUAUGCAGAUAAUGGCGCUUUCGAUUUGGGAGUGAUGGAUCCUUCAUACAAGUUUGCGGAACCAAGAACAAGUGAUAAUGAUUCCAGGAGGAAAACUAAGAUUGUUUGUACCAUUGGACCUUCUUCUAGCUCUCGAGAAAUGAUUUGGAAACUCGCUGAAGCAGGAAUGAAUGUGGCUCGUUUGAAUAUGUCUCAUGGUGAUCAUGCUUCUCAUCAGAAAACCAUUGAUCUUGUUAAGGAAUACAACUCUCUCUUUGUUGACAAAGCCAUUGCUAUCAUGUUGGAUACAAAGGGUCCUGAGGUUCGAAGUGGGGAUGUACCUCAGCCCAUAUUCCUUGAAGAGGGUCAAGAGUUUAAUUUUACCAUCAAGAGAGGUGUCUCAAUGAAAGACACCGUCAGUGUAAACUAUGAUGAUUUUGUUAAUGAUGUCGAAGUUGGGGACAUACUUUUGGUGGAUGGUGGAAUGAUGUCACUAGCUGUUAAGUCCAAGACGAGCGAUUUGGUGAAUUGUGUAGUUAUUGAUGGUGGGGAGCUUCAAUCUAGACGUCACUUGAAUGUUCGAGGAAAGAGUGCUACUCUUCCUUCUAUAACAGAUAAAGAUUGGGAGGACAUUAAAUUUGGAGUGGACAACCAAGUUGAUUUCUAUGCUGUCUCUUUUGUUAAGGAUGCUAAAGUUGUCCAUGAGUUGAAAAACUAUCUUAAAACCUGCAGUGCGGAUAUCUCUGUGAUCGUGAAAAUUGAAAGCGCAGAUUCUAUCAAGAAUCUUCCUUCCAUUAUAUCUGCUUGUGAUGGAGCAAUGGUUGCUCGCGGAGAUCUUGGAGCUGAACUUCCCAUCGAGGAGGUCCCCUUGUUGCAGGAAGAGAUAAUCAGAAGGUGUAGGAACAUUCAUAAACCAGUGAUUGUCGCCACAAACAUGCUAGAGAGUAUGAUUAAUCACCCAACACCUACAAGAGCUGAAGUAUCUGACAUUGCAAUUGCAGUACGUGAAGGGGCUGAUGCAAUCAUGCUUUCUGGUGAAACCGCACAUGGAAAGUUUCCGCUGAAAGCAGUUAACGUGAUGCAUACCGUGGCUUUGAGAACCGAGGCUAGUCUACCUGUCAGAACCUCAGCAAUCCGCACCACUGCUUACAAGGGUCGCAUGGGCCAAAUGUUUGCUUUUCAUGCUUCUAUAAUGGCGAAUACACUGAACACACCGAUAAUUGUGUUCACGAGAACUGGAUCCAUGGCAGUGCUUCUAAGCCAUUACCGCCCGUCCUCAACAAUUUUUGCCUUCACUAACCAGUAUAGAAUAAUGCAAAGGCUGGCUCUAUAUCAAGGUGUCAUGCCUAUAUAUAUGGAGUUCUCUGAUGAUGCAGAAGAUACAUAUACCCGGUCUUUGAAACUCUUACAGGACGAGAAUAUGCUGAAGGAAGGACAACAUGUAACGCUUGUCCAAAGCGGCGCGCAACCCAUUUGGCGUGAAGAAUCAACACAUCUCAUACAAGUCCGUAAGAUAAAGAUAGGUUGA